AUGGCACGCUUCUACGGCCUUCCCAAGGUACACAAGCCAGGAGUGCCCCUCCGCCCAAUCGUUUCUUUACGUGGCACACCAACUUUUGGCCUAUCAAAGUGGCUGUACCAACGACUUUGUUUCCUCGUCAAAGACUCAGAGUGUACAGUGAAGUCAGCUGAGGAGUUUUUGGCUCGCAUCCGACAUCGUAGAGUGGAGACAGACGAGGUGAUGGUGUCCUUUGACGUGGUCUCACUGUUCACUUCUAUCCCGCCCGACCUAGCCAUCGACACUCUCGACGGACUUCUCCGAGAAAAAUACGACGAGACCGACCAAAAGCUUAAACGAGUGCACAUUAUCGAGCUCCUAGAACUGUGCCUUAAGACUUUCUUCACAUUUAACGGCCAAGUGUACGAGCAAAAAAAGGGAACGCCAAUGGGUUCACCUCUGUCUGGACUAAUUGCCGAAGCGGUUUUGCAGCGGCUGGAGCGUCUGGUAUUCAGCUCGUACCCUCCGAAGUUCUGGGCCAGAUAUGUCGACGACACAUUCGUCAUAAUAAAGAGGAACGACGUGCAAGAUUUCAAGGCACUCUUGAAUUCGAUAUUUCCCGACAUACAGUUCACCAUGGAAGAAGAGGCCGACAAUCGCUUGCCCUUCCUAGACGUACAAGUUACAAAACUGGCAGACGGGAAUAUAAAGACGACGGUCUACCGUAAGGCGACUAACACAAGGCGCAUCCUCCACUUCAGAAGCAACCACCCCGUCGGUCACAAACGCAGUUGUGUCAGGACCCUUUUCCAACGCACCCAAACACACUGCAGCGACGACGAUGACAGGAAGAAGGAGGUGAGGUACUUACGUGGUCUAUUUGAAGCCAACGGGUACACGAAGUCGUUCAUACGCAAGUGUCUCAGGAAGUCCCACUCGGGGCGGUCGAACGAGGAGAAACCAAAGCUCUGGCUCUCGAUCGCCUAUGUGAAGAACGUUUCAGAGGCAACUUCAAGAAUUCUGAAACCUUUUGGAAUUGGUGUGGCCCAUAAACCAGCUGCAACAAUCAGACAGCAAAUCAUGAGGCCCAAAGACCCGCUCCCGGUAACAGAACAAUCGGCGGUGGUCUACAGCAUACCAUGCCAAGAUUGUGAUGCCAGGUAUGUUGGUGAAACGGGAAAACGCCUCGGCACAAGAUUGCACGAGCACCAGCUAGCAAUCAACCGCAAGGAUAAGCUGUCGUUGGUGUAUGGCCACACACUAGAGCGGAAUCACUGUUUUGCCUUCGAGAAAGCGAGUGUGAUCGGCCGAGCCAAUGAUAAAAUGGCCAGACUAAUGCUGGAAAGUUGGUCCUUGACUGGCACACUCAACAGGGCCAUAGACCUACAUCCAGCCUAUCAGGCGCUCCGCGCAAGACUCCAGCCAAUCCAGGCAGGGCCGAUGGCACUGAUGAAAAGAGUCACACGGGGUCCACCACCGACGCUCGCGGAGCGAGGAGAAGGCGCUGACCGAAUGUCACGUGACCGGCGUGGCACACCGUCUCACGGACGUACUGCCGAGGCCGGAAACGCCACGCCUGAGGAACAAAGAUCGAUCAGCCCGCCAUCUGACGAGGGGGAGGCGAACGAGCACGCCGACGCAGCGGCAACCACGUUAGGCGUGAGGGGGACACAAGCCACGCCAGUCCGCCAAUGGCUGAGACCAGGGAGGCGACAAUCAGCCAACGGAAAGCAGGCUAGUCGACAAACGUGCACUGUGCACGGUUAUAAUACGAGACAGGCGGCAAGGCUGAACAGAUCAAGGCCAGCAGGAAACGUCAGCGCACGACUCUGA